AAGUCAUAUAUUGGAAGGACCCGAAGAUGGGAAAGUGUGGCGCAAGAUGGAUUUAUGAGAGAGAAGAGGGAGAAGAGAGCGAGGAAGAGAGAUGCAUAUGGGGCAGAGGAAGAGUGGCGCCGCCGCCGCCGCCGCCCCCUCCGCCGGUGCUGGAGGCGGGGGGCCGGCGCCGUUCCUUGUGAAGACGUACGAGAUGGUGGAUGAGAAGGAGACGCAAGAGGUGAUAUCGUGGGGAGAGAAGGGGGAGUCGUUCGUGGUGUGGAAGCCAGCCGAGUUCGCCCGCGACCUGCUUCCCCUCCAUUUCAAGCACAACAACUUCUCCAGCUUCGUCCGACAACUAAACACCUACGGCUUUCACAAGGUGGUCCCCGAUCGAUGGGAGUUCACCAACGAAAACUUCCGGCGAGGCGAGCAAAGUCUCCUCUGCAACAUCCGCCGACGAAAGCCGUCGACGGUUCCUGCAUCCACGUCCCACCUUUCCUCCCACGACAAGGCUACUGCAACUGCUCGUCCGCCUCCCCCUUCUUCCGCGGCUAAUUCCGGCCAACUCCACGCCUCUUCCCCCGCCUCGUCCCCGCCGCCUGCCGACCGGCUUCUUCAACUCGCCGACGAGAACGAGAAGCUCAGGAAGGAUAACCACGUGCUCAGUGCCGAGCUUUCGCAAACCAAGUGCCGCUUCCGCGAGCUCCUCGGAUUCCUCUCCAACUACGUCGACGUGAACAAGCUCGGGUUCGGUCGGGCAACUGCGGCGGUCGACGGUGGUGGCGAGGGAGAGGAAGACACGGUAGCGGUGGAAAAAUCUGGAGGCGUGAAGCUCUUCGGCGUGCUGCUGCAGGGCAUCGGUGGGAAGCGCAGGAAGAGGCGGAGGUGCGAUGCUUGGCAGGGGAUCUCAAAGCCUCUGUUUCUGCAACUGAAAAACUAGCAGUCAAAGCAAUUCCAGAUCACCGGAAACAAAAAAUGAAUUAAUCAGUAGGAUAGUAAACAACAAGGAUUUGGUGGCAAGGCAUCAAUCUCUCUGCUCCAAAGGAUUGAUAGAAAUUGAUGUUUCAAAUAGGCAACUGAAAUCGAAAGCUUUAUGUUUGCUUGUAACUUUUCCCAUCCUUUAAAUAGUAUCAAGUGUAUUGGUGCUUUGCAAAA